GGCAGGUGUGUAUGUGUAUAUGUGUGUGCGUGUGUGUCUGUGUGUGUGUGUGUGUGUGUGUGUGUGUGUGUGUGUGUGUGUGUGUGUGUGUGUGUGUGUGUGUGUGUUUGUGUGUGUGUCUUGGGAGUGUUACACUUUUUACAUCAGCUGAAGCUGCAUAAUACUGUAGCUGCAGCACCAUGCACAUGUGUGCUUUAACUUUAAACAAAUGUCAGUUGAUUUUAGGUGACAAUGUCUUGUACUAUCAAAUGUUUUCUAGUCUUCAAUAAACUUUUAGACAUCAUUUUUAGACGGAGCUAACAUAUGGCUGAGCUGUAGUUUAACUUUUCAGAGCUCCAUGAUGUAAGAAAGGUCACACAAAGAAGUAUUUUAUUGAACUGAAUAUUUUACUGUAAUUAAUAUUGUUGCAGUUAAUUAUGGGAUGAAUGCAACAGGUCAAACAGUCUGUGUUUAGACAAAGCCUGUUGUGUUAACCUUUCGUUUCUAUCAGGAUUUUAAUAAUCUGGUUGUACUUAUCCUACUUUUACUUAACAAUAAUAGUUUAGGAGAGGCUGAUACUGAUGUUAUCGGGGUAGUAGCCGGAUCAAACGCCAUAAAUGAUGGAAGGAAAAUGUAACAGAUAAAUAUAUCACCUUUAAAUUGAGUUUUGCUCUCGGAACACAGCCCAAUAAAAAAGAGGGAUACAAAGAAGAGAAAGCAAAGAAACUAAUUUUAACAAUAUAUUUAAUCAAAAGUCUUGACAAAAAAAUAGCCUAAACAGUACACAUAAUGGUACUCUUUCCUUUUCUGUGCGUGGUGAUUUUAUUCCAUAUUGUACGGUAACAACACCACCUAACAGGCCAUUAAAUAUGAAAUGUGUGAUUCCCUGUGAUCAUUUUAAUCUUCCUGUGUGUGUGUGUGUGUGUGUGUGUGUGUGUGUGUGUGUGUGUGUGUGUGUGUGUGUGUGUGUGUGUGUGUGUGUGUGUGUGUGUGUGUGUGUGUGUGCCCUCUUCGACCCUAAAGGUAUUUCUGGCGGCCUGCUCUGUGACUUUUUUUCGCAUCUCCUGUUCGUCCUCAUCGACUCGGGUCGAUGAAAAGAAAACACUGUGUUUAAGUGAACUAAAAUAAGUGUAUCUGCUUGUGUGUGUUGGGUUAGGUGCCGGGGGCAUUAAGGGAACGUAGCACUUUUGCACAUUUUUUCUUUGUAUAUUUAAUUUGAAAUGGGGCAAAUAGUGUGAGUCUGACGUCACAUCACUAAUUGAUCCCUACUCAGCCAAUUACUGAUAAAAAUUCAGAAGCAGAGGUAUAAUUUAUUGCGUAAGGGGGAGAUUUGAUCUGAAGAUAAAGGACAUUUUAAGCCUGAGGCCGGUGCUGCUCACACAAAAUUGAACAAACAAAACCAAAAGCUUCUAAUGUUACAGCGGUUCUUUUACAGGGGUUAUUUUAAUUUAUAUUGGCCUUACGCAGAAUUUACCAUGUCAUUCACCUGCAUUAUAAAAUAAAGAAAGAAAGAAAGAAAGAACGAUUAUUCAAUUUUAUUUUAGAUUCUUUUAAAAUGAAAUUUUAAUGAGUGCAGGAACAUUAGUGUAACCACAAUUGUAAUUGAGUUGUACCGGAUACCCACAGAAACACAGGACAGGAUGCAAAAAUUGAUUAUUAUGGUUUAUUAAAUUUAGCAAUAAAUGUACUCUUUAUACAGAUAAAUAGUUUCAUCAAAAAAGUGCGUGUGCUGCAAUAAUGCUCUUGUAUUAACACUCUUCAACCCACAUACUUUUUUCUGCGUUCUGCGCGCUCACGGGGAGUCUGCUUUCACAUGCAGUUGCAUCACCUCGCUUGAUUUCCUUGUUCUCCCUUCGCUUUUAAAGUCCAUCAUUAACGGGAUUAAACAGCUGAGAUUUUGGAGAGAUGGAACUGGAGGGUUUGAGGCGAUGUUUCCCGGUCUCCUCGCCUGAUUGGGCCGGGGAAAGAUGAUGUCAGACGACCGCAUGCGUCCCGGAUUGGAGAGAGCGGAGUAAACAAAGCCGCGAGGAGGAGGAGGAGAGGUCUCCACAUCUCAAGACAGUCCGACCGACACGCUGAAUCCGACUUUACGCACAAGAGAGGGCGGCCCCGGCGGCGCGUACUCGUUUGGUAAAGGCUGAAGUUACACUGACAGUCCGACUUUAUUGGGUGACGCGCAAAAAAAGACUUUGGGAAAAGGCAAAAGGAAACUUAUCAUCGUCUUUUAAUCCGGACGCUGUGCAGUUGUGUCAUUUCAGUAAGAGAUUGAUUCCCUAACUCAGCGCGCAGCUUCUCUUAAUAAGUACCGAAGGGAUCUGUCGUCUGUGUUUUGCUUUAUUAUUGUGUUUUUUUGCACAAACGCAAUUUUGUAAAUUAAAUUUGAAGUUGAAUCGGGGCAGAUACACACCACCAAUGCAACCCGGCUGUUUGGAGACAGUGUGAAUCGUGUGAAUCACGCUCUAUAUUCAUAGCAUGGUAAGAUAAUUGGAGGACAGAGAGAGGGAGAGAGAGAGAGCGAGAGAGAGGGGGAGAGAGACAGAAAGUAAGAAAUAGUCAGCUAAAACGACACUUGGGACAAUUUGAGCUGUGUUUGUGGGAACGUCUGCCUCUCACGUCCAGGUGUCCCGCCGAGCGGUGCGGAGUCUCCAGCUCAGGCCGGCAGCGCUGACAUGCUGCCCAAAGUCGAGACUGAAUCCCUGGGACUCUCUCGAUCGUAUGGCGAACAAAGGCACAUGCCAAGGAACAUGCAAGCCCACCAGUUAAAAAUGAUGGACUACUCUUAUGACGAAGACUUGGACGAGAUGUGUCCGGUGUGCGGAGACAAGGUUUCAGGGUAUCACUACGGACUCCUGACAUGCGAGAGUUGCAAGGGCUUCUUCAAGCGCACCGUCCAGAACAACAAGCGCUACACAUGCAUAGAGAACCAGAGCUGCCAGAUUGACAAGACCCAGAGGAAGCGCUGCCCAUACUGCCGCUUCCAAAAGUGCCUCACCGUCGGCAUGAAGCUAGAAGCUGUACGGGCGGAUCGCAUGCGUGGCGGUCGCAACAAGUUCGGCCCAAUGUACAAACGUGACCGGGCCCUUAAGCAACAAAAGAAGGCACUGAUCCGAGCAAACGGCUUAAAGAUUGAGGCCAUGACCCAGGUGAUGCAAGCCGUGCCCACUGACCUCACCAUCUCAUCAGCUAUCCAGAACAUCCACUCAGCUGCCUCCAAGGGCCUUCCACUGAGCCACCAUGCUGGCCACCACCCUGGUCACCACCACCACCACCAUCAUCAUCAUCAUGCUACCGCCCUUCCCCCCACAGACUACGACCGUAGCCCGUUCGUCACUUCACCUGUCAGCAUGGCAAUGCCGCCACAUGCUGGCAGCCUGCAGGGCUACCAGGCGGCCUACGGACACUUCCAGGGCACACGCACCAUCAAGUCUGAGUACCCAGACCCAUACACUAGCUCGCCGGAGUCCAUUAUGGGCUACGCCUAUGUUGAUGCCUACCAGUCAGGCUCGCCGCCCAGCUUCCCCCACCUGAUCGUAGAGCUGCUCAAGUGUGAGCCGGAUGAGCCACAAGUUCAGGCCAAGAUCCUGGCCUAUCUGCAGCAGGAGCAGGCCAGCAGGGGAAAGCACGAGAAGCUCAACACCUUCGGUCUCAUGUGCAAGAUGGCUGACCAGACACUCUUCUCCAUCGUGGAGUGGGCUCGCAGCAGCAUCUUCUUCCGUGAAUUGAAGGUGGACGACCAGAUGAAACUUCUGCAGAACUGUUGGAGUGAACUUCUCAUUCUCGACCAUGUCUUCCGGCAGGUGGUACAUGCCAAGGAGGGCUCCAUCUUAUUGGUCACAGGCCAGCAGGUGGACUAUGCAGUGAUUGCAUCACAGGCGGGAGCCACCCUCAACAACCUGUUGAGCCACGCCCAGGAGCUGGUUGCCAAACUACGCUCCCUGCAGCUGGACCAACGAGAGUUUGUCUGCCUCAAGUUCCUGGUCCUCUUCAGCCUGGAUGUGAAGAACCUGGAGAACUUCCAUUUGGUAGAAAGCGUCCAGGAGCAGGUCAACGCAGCGCUGCUGGACUACGUCAUGUGUAACUACCCGCAGCAAACGGACAAGUUUGGCCAGUUGCUCCUCCGGCUGCCUGAGAUUCGAGCCAUCAGCUUGCAGGCCGAAGAAUACCUUUACUAUAAACACCUGAAUGGCGACGUGCCCUGCAACAACCUACUCAUCGAAAUGCUACAUGCCAAGAGAGCCUAGGAGGGGGACUGCGCUACCCACAAUGCAGCUGUAUAGACACCUUAAGAGGUUUUGCUGUGGCCCAAAAACUCCCAAAUAAUGCUUUUACCAAACUCAACCUCCAGCCCACACAUGACUGUGCCAUGAUGUGGAGGGUGGAGAACAGAGAAUGUUGGCAACUCUUGUUUAUAUUCAGCUCAUUUUGAUGUUCAAUUUACCACUUGAAGUAGUGAUUUGGACUGACACACCUGCACAUGUGCAUACACAUAAACAGCAUAUGGAUCCCUUUAUUCCGGAAAAAAAUAAAGAGUCUGAAAGAAGAGCCGCUCCUCCUCAACCACACAGAAAAAGACAAUAUUUAAAAGGACAAAAAAGAAAAACACUUGAAACAAACACUGCAUUUGACUCUAUGAGAUGGUAUCUAAUCGUCUGCACGAGCACAGACUAUCAAGAUUGGCAGGCUGCAACUUACAGAGGUAACAACCCUUGAGUGUUUUAGCGCUCGUGACACUGUUAGAGGCUUUUUGUGCUGAGAAAGGAAGCUGUGUGACACCGCAAAUCUUUCAGACAGCUUUGUGACAAGAGCGGUGGUUUGUUUCGGUCGACGAUCCUCCGGUGUGCUCACUGAACUCACUGAGAUGGGCUUUUAGGCUGUCGUUGGUACUGUGAAGACGAACGGACAUGCAGUCUACCAGGCUAGAGACUCUUACCUGCCAUCAUGUCUGUUUUUUGAACUCACAAGAGAUGCCUGCCACGGCAGCUUGACCUGACUGAAAAGGGAGAACUGAUGGUUAAAAAAACAAUGGUCUAAAAAGAAAUGUCCUUUCAUGAACAAAAUGAUAAAUAGGCCAGUAAGAAGAAAAAUGACAUGUUUUUGUUCUCUUGUAAUGGACGUCAUUUACUCCUCGUGGUCACCUUGUGGUUCCCCUUUCUUAUUUCACAUCCCUGAAUCAUCUUAAACUAUGUACCUCAGAAAGACCAGUGUUAAAUAAAUUCAAUUAAUAAUGUCAGCUGAAACAAUUGUAUUUAUAGCCAUUUUUUCCUGCAAAAACACACCCUCCCUUUUAUUAUUUCAUCAAAACUGGAACAAAACAAAGCGUUAUUCUGGAGACGCAGAAGGAUUUAAUCUGCCUUUGUCCUGGAAAGACCAAAGCCUGCUGCAGAACAGAAGAAGGAAAUUACAAAAAAACCUUUAUAAUCAGUAUUAUAACAGAAGGGAAAAAAAAGAUUUGUGAUGUCACAGUUAUGUGAGUCUUGCCUUAUUUCAUUACCAUGCUAGCUAAACCGUGCAGAUGUGAAUGAAAAUAUGUACAAAUAUAUAUAUAAAGUAUUAAUGUUGUAAAAAUUAAAAAAAAAGAAUAAUUCAACAGGUGUUUACAUUCACGUGGUCAUAUGGGAGAGAACUGUGAUGAAGCAUAAAUUGCAAAGCAAUGAUUUCCUAAAAAAUGAAAUCGAUGAAAUGAAAAAAAAAAGAAGAAAAAAAGAUCCUUCUGGUUUGCUUUUUUGGUGUGUGUACAGUGUUUUUUUUAUUUGUUUAAGCAGUACUUAAAUUAUGUCGUGAGACACUAAAAUCAAAAAGGAAUCACACUUAAAAUAUUAAUUUCUAUCUGUGUCUGCUGGCUUUCAAACAUUUGUUCCUUAUGUAUUGCUGUAAAAGGGUUCCGUUUCACUUUCAACCUUUUUUUUUUGGUGGUUUUUUAGAACUUUUUUUCUGUAUUAUUUACAGUGCUUUUACCUUUUUGAUGUACAGUAUGUCACUGGUUACGCUUAAUAAUGAAGAUAAUUUAUUGCGUCUCUGGGUUUCCAUCUUUGUGUUACAUGACGUGAGGUGUCCGCGCCAGAAUAAAUUUGUUUACUGUA